AUGUCUUCACAAACAGAACUCAGAAAUAGGCUCCACGUGACUCCGCCUCCCUCUUCGGGUUCGGCCAAGGCCCCGGAAGAGCUCUUGGUCGAGAAGCUCGAUGCUUUUCUUCUGUCCAUAGAGCAACGACUUCACAGCUUCGAAACGUAUUUCCAGCUCACCGGCGCCGAGGACAGCGAGCUGGAUGCCGGCUCCAAGCAGCCGCAGUCCCGCCGCUCAAGCACGGUGCUGGUGCUGCAGAUGAAGGAGUUCUCUCGGUCCAACUUGAACAAGGUGUACGAACAGCUCUCUACAGUAAAGGAUCAGAUGCUCAAGACGUCGAUUAUGAAUUUGGAGUACUUGUACAAGACGUUGGAUGAUAAGUAUACCGAUUUGUUCGAUCUGGAGGACGAUGAGGUGGCAGAUAUUGUACCUUCCGGUGGUUCCAACGGCAGUAAUACCGACGUGCUCACCAAGAAAAUCAUCACCAAUCUCCACUUUUUCGAGGAAAAGUUGUUGCAGAUCGACGCCUACAUCAAGAGCAAAACUCCGCUGGCCACAGAUGCCUAUGAGGAAGACGCCAAGUUUAAUCGGUUUCGCUUCUUCAACUUUAACAAGGCGCUCAAAACAGGCCAAUCUAAAUACUUGCAUUACUACCAAUUGCCCUUGAGCUGGCGUGAAAACAGAUACAUCAUCAACGGCUACCGGUUUAGUCUUAGUCAUAAUUCGAUGCUCCAGUCCAUCUUUCAUUUCAACCACAACGAGACUUGGAACAUCUGGACGCACAUAUUGGGAGGCCUUGCUAUGGUGUAUUUGGGGUUGUUUCACUAUCCACAGACUUCCGCCUACGCAAACAGCUCUUUUGGUGAUAAUGUCAUUAUGAUUGUAUUCUUACUAGCCUCGUUGAAGUGUUUGGUCAGUUCGGUUCUCUGGCACACAUACUCCACCUUUGCCCACCUUACCAUCCGCAAUAGAUUUGCAUGUGUGGAUUACACCGGAAUUACGGUCCUUGUGACCUGCUCGGUGAUCUCCGCAGAGUACUGUAGUCUCUACAACUACCCCAAGCUUCUUGCAUCUUUCAUGACAUUCUCCAUUGUAGCCGGUCUUGGUGGGUUCGCGUUUAACUGGUCCAGCUAUUUUGACCGUCCUGAAUGCCGUCCUUUGAGAAUUGGGUUCUAUGUCUGUUUGGCUGCUUUGGGUGCAUCAACAUUUUUGUGCAAAUGGUACUACGACGGUUUUUUCAGUGCAGUGACAUUUUAUGCGCCAUUAACAUACAGAUCGUUUGUGUGGUACUGGAUUGGUGUUAUAUUCUACGGUGGACUUAUUCCUGAAAGGUGGAGAUAUGACGUUAUCAUACACGAGGAUGAGACAUGCCACCAUGCGCACAGCGCGCUGGAGGUCUUGAUGGGAAACAUUGAGAAUUGUGGAGAGGAAGAGUUACAAACCCUUACUAAUGAGAUCAAAUCAAAACAAAGGGACGUGGACCAAUCAAGAAGGAACAGUGCUGCUACAAUUGCAACCAUGGAGUCGGAGACAAGUUAUCACAGUAUCGAGCCAUUGGAUAACGCCAGUGAGACCUCUUCAGAGGAAAGCGAUGAAGUGAAAUACAAAGAAAUUUUGGAGAAGCACUUUCCUGAGCGGCCCAGACUCACGCCAUACCACAAUGAUUUCCUUUCGUUGUGGUGGGUGGACUACGCAUUCCAAAGUCACAACUUAUGGCACAUUUUUGUUGUGUUCGGUGUGAUUGGACACUACUUCUGCAUCGUCGAGAUGUUUGAGCGUAACCAUAUGGAGAUCCUCGGAAACCUUUAG